AUGGCCUUGGUCGUCCUGUCCGGUUUCCCAUGCUCUGGCAAAACCACUCGAGCAGACCAAAUCAAGCAAAUGCUAGAAUCUAAGAUUGCCCAAGCAUCCGACCCUCCAUCCGCAAAGACUGUGAUCCUGAUCAAUGACGAGCUGCUCGGAGUGUCUCGGGCUGCGUACGAUGAAAGUAAGACGGAGAAGGUGGCCCGGGCCAGUCUCCUAUCUUCCACCAUUCGGAAACUGAGCAAAGAUCAUAUCGUGAUCUGCGAUGGGAUGAACUACAUCAAGGGCUUUCGAUACCAACUGUACUGCGCUGCCCGGGAAGCAGGGGUUCGAACAUGCACCAUUCACAUAGCCAAUAUACCUGCCAACUGUCUCGCCUACAAUACCAAGCUCGCUCCCGAGUCCCGCUACAAGGAAGAAACCAUCCAAAACCUCUUCACUCGUUACGAAGAGCCCAACUCCAGCGUCCGGUGGGACUCUCCCUUGAUCGUAUUCCCUUGGUGCGACUCGUUGGUGUCGACGCAACAUGACGGUGGAACUGGUGACCAAGGCAUGCGAGGCCUGGCCCACAAACUGCAAGGUCUUCGCGUCCUGGGCAACGAUGGAGAAGAACAAGAUACAAGGCCCGACCCCGUCCAGCAAGCACGUAGUCCAGAACGGCCCGAUCUAUCAGCAGCCGUACACGCUGAGCGGAUCGACUCGAGCCAAGCUGCAAAAGGAGAUCAUUCUUGGUCGAGGAUUGCGGAUGACAUAUGGACCGCGAUCACCAAAGGUGAUCUGAAACCUGUCCAUGCUGCGGUUAAAACGGCUACGCCAACCUCGACCAAUUUCCUUCAUAUCCUAGAGAUUACGACCACUGCGGUCCUCACCAGCCUACUAUCAGCCUUGAAUGAUUCACAGACGCGAUGCGGGGCAGUCUCGUUCCCCUGUGUGCUCCCAAACACGGGGAAAGCCUGCGUAUUCGCGAUCAACAUCCCCAUGGGAAAGACCAUCAAUGUCGGAGUCUUGCAGCGUCUCAAGCGCCAGUAUACGACCAUGCACAAGCAGGCUAAUGCUGCUGGACGGGGCUCCUCCGUGACCCACGAGGACGAGAUUGCCGAGAGCUUUGUCAAAUACGUUCAGGGCGCAAUCUGA